AUGAUUAAACGAAUAUUAUUUUAUUUUUUUAUUUUUUUUUUUAUUCAUAUAACACCAUCAUGGAAUUAUGAAUUUGAAAGUUGUUGUUCAAAUGAGAAGACAAUAAAUAAUACAAAUCAUCUUCUAACAUGUCCAUUAAAUUUUGUUAUUAAAUUACGUUCAGCUAUUUUUUAUACAGGUAAUGGUUGUUCAAGAAGUGAAUGUCAAAAACGUCUUAAUAAAUAUUAUCUAUCUUGUAAUAAUCAUCGUACAUGUUCAAUAUCUAUACGAUGUAUUCUUAUGGAUUCAUCAACAUGUUCAUGGUUAGAAAAAACUAAAAGUUAUUCACAACAUUUAAUUAUUGAUUAUGAUUGUAUUUUAUAUAAAUCAGAAUCAUCAUUAAUUACAUUAAAUAAUCAAACAAAAAAAGAACAAAAUGAUAAUAUUGUACUUUUUUCUGCUAAAGUUAAUAUUGAAUCACCUCCAUUAGAUACAAAUGAUAAUGAUACAAUUAUAACAGAUAAUGAAAAUGAAUGGAAAGAAUAUUUUCUUAAAAAAUAUUUUUAUUCAAAACAAUUAAAUGAUAAUAAAACAAUAAUUAUUCAUCAACAACGUUCAUUAUUUAAUGAUAUACUUCGAACAAUUAUUAUACUUAUAGUAUUUACUUUUAUUCUUAUUUUAUUUAUGAUAAUUAUACUUUAUAUUUAUAAACAUAUUAUAUUAAUGAAAAAGAAAAAAUUCUAUGAUCAAGAUAAUAAAAAUCGACCAUUUCCAACUGAUGAUGCUUAUGAUAAUUUAAAAGCAAAUAGAAUAGAAUCAACAAGUGAAACUGGUACAACAACCGAUGUGUGA